UCAAGGCAGCAAAAGCCCUCUUCACUCUCUUGCUCUGCUCACGUUUCCGAUCGAAAAAUGGGAGAGAAGCCGAAAUCUGGUGGUGUCUGGCCUACUGUGAAGCCAUUUGUUAAUGGCGGUGCAUCUGGGAUGCUUGCCACCUGCGUUAUCCAACCAGUGGAUAUGAUAAAGGUGAGGAUUCAGUUGGGUCAAGGCUCCGCAGUGCAUGUGACAAAGAAUAUGCUCCGAGAAGAGGGUUUAGGAGCAUUUUACAAGGGGUUGUCAGCUGGCCUGCUCAGACAAGCUACUUACACCACUGCACGACUUGGAUCAUUCAGGAUUUUGACGAACAAAGCAAUUGCUGCUAAUGAUGGGAAGCCACUACCUCUGUACCAGAAAGCUCUUUGUGGGCUGACAGCUGGAGCAAUUGGAGCAUGUUUUGGUAGUCCUGCUGAUUUAGCACUCAUCCGUAUGCAGGCUGAUGCCACUUUGCCUGCUGCACAACGGCGGCAUUACAAAAAUGCAUUCCAUGCACUAUCCCGCAUUGUUGGAGAUGAAGGAGUUCUGGCACUCUGGAAAGGAGCAGGUCCUACUGUAGUGAGGGCUAUGGCAUUGAAUAUGGGCAUGCUCGCCUCUUAUGAUCAAAGUGUUGAGUUUUUCAGAGACUCCCUUAAUUUUGGUGAAGCUAGUACAAUAGUGGGAGCGAGUGCUGUUUCUGGAUUCUUUGCUGCAGCCUGUAGUUUACCAUUUGACUUUGUGAAAACUCAAGUACAGAAAAUGCAACCUGAUGCCAACGGGAAGUAUCCGUAUACUGGAUCUUUGGACUGUGCAAUGAAAACUCUGAAAGCAGGAGGGCCCUUCAAAUUCUACACAGGGUUUCCUGUCUAUUGUGUUAGGAUUGCUCCCCAUGUCAUGAUGACGUGGAUAUUCCUGAACCAAAUUCAGAAGUUUGAGAAAACAAUUGGAUUGUAGAAUACCAAGUACCAGAAUUUUGCUUGGGGUUGGAGCAUCAGUCACUACAAUAAGAUUUUUUGCCUUUGUACUGUUAGUGAGGGCUGGUUUUGACGGCUUUGGCAGCCCUCAACUAUUGCUUUAUUUUCUUCCAGAAAGUUUGGCAAAAUUGACUAGAAUACAGGGUUAAUAAUCAUUGGAGCUGUAUCACAAACAGUUGUUGCUGAUUUUUUUUUUCCCUUUUAAUUUCUGCAGAAUUGUGGGUAGGAAUAUUUUUUCAGUGUAGCUAAAUUGUUGGCUCAUGAAGGUGGUCAUGUUGCUUUGAUGUGAGAGAACUCAAAUCAUUCCAUUUAUGUUAUAGGUGAAAGAACCCAUCAUUUGCUUAA